GACUAACCGACAAACAUGUUCCCUCGCAACAUUGCUCACCCGGUGAUACGGCAGUUUAUUCUACGCACCGCAGUGCUCAAUUAUCUGAGCAAGUGUCUGCAGCAGCAGUGGGAUGACUGGCGAAAGCUCAGCAGGAGCAUCCUCAUUUUCGCUGAAGCUGGAGAUUUGCAUCAGACGCAGGCCCAGUUAAUUGAGGCGCUGAAGUCAAGGGUCGCUGCAUCGCACUGGCUUUUGCAGCGAGAAUACGACCAACUGUUCGCGUACAUGAUGGACAAGCACGAGCUGUGGGACAGUCCGGAGUACUUCAAGGCAAAAACGGCCUUGGGGAUGGCCGUGCAAAACCUGCGAGUGUGUUCACCAAGCAAAUGACUUAGGACGGUUGCCAACAACUUCAUAUUUCACUUUCAAAUCGUAUAUACAUAAACAAAGUGCAAAAACUA